GUCACGUUGUUUUGGCGCCAAUUACCGUGGUUGAGAUUAGGCUGGCGUGAGGAAUACAGCAUUUUCUCCCUCAGCAUCUUUCUGUUUGAGACACUGAUUUUACAGCAGCUUAUCGACAGGUUGUAUUUUGCUAAAAUGAUCGGACAGAAGACAAUCAACUCUUUUUUUUCGCCUGUCUCGAAAAAGAGAACUUCCGAGGAUUUAGAUGGAGAAGAUGAUGCUAAAGACCCGGUGAGACUUACCUUUGCUGCACAUUAUUUACUAACAGAAAUUAGCCACAUUUUUUCUACCUUGCUUUCAUUUAACACAGCGCUGGAUAAUGUUGAAAUACUGUGCACGAUCCAUUUAAAGUUGUGAUAAAAGGGUUUGUAGUUGGAUGCCAUGCGUUCAGCGCAAAUCAAGCUGCGUUCACAAGCAGAGCUGUUCCCUAUUGUUACGAGAAGUUGAGCUUUUAGCCAUAGAUAUAUAUAAAGGCUAGAUGGAUUACGCACGCUGUUAGCCAAUGGAGUCAGGGACGACGGUGACUCCGCCUUGAGUCAUUUAGCCUUUCUUUUAUAUAUAUAUUUAUGCUUUUGGCGUUCACAACAUUAGCAUGCCUGCACUACUCUGUCGACGGUUUCUGUUGCCUGCUUUACCUCCAGUUGUACGCCUCUCACCCGCUCUGUUUUUCGCUCAAUACACAAAAAUUAUGUCGAAGAAGAGAAAGUUAUCCGCCGUGGACACAGAGCCGUCCAGCACGCCUUCCCUGUCCCAGGAGCAGCUUGACAGAAUCGCCCAGAACAAGAGGGCGGCGCUGGAGAAACUUGCAUCCGCUCAAACACCUCCAGGAUUCGGGGAAGGCUGGAGGAAGGAACUGGCGGCUGAGUUUGGAAAGCCGUACUUCAAACAGGUGAGAGGAAAAGUGGGCAGAACUCUUUGUCUCUGUUGUUUUAUAUGACUCUUAUGACUUUUUCCCCCCUCUGCAACAGUUGAUGAGUUUUGUUUCUGAGGAGAGAAACCGCCACACUGUUUACCCACCUGUUCAAGAAGUCUUCACCUGGACUCAAAUGUGUGACAUCCGAGAUGUAAGUGUGAGCUGCAGUGGCAUUACCCUCUCCUGAGACUCUGUCUAGACUCACACAUUUCAGGCAUACAUGUGAGUCAUCAAUUUCUUACAAAAUAAGAGCACCAGAGGUCAAGGGGCAGUAACCCGAGCCUCAAUUGAGCCCCAAGCAAAAUUAGAUUUAGGGGGAUUUUGAUUUUGAUUAUUUCUGCUGAUAAUAUUGAUUGUUGAUCAUUCACACACCUUCACAAAUCUCUUUGAUUAACAUUUAAUGACAUGCAAACACACCUUUAUCCUGGCAUUUUUUCUCUUGUUCCUCUUCCUUUUCUCUGCUCCUGAAGGAUAUGUCCUUUUUUGUGACAUUAUUUUGCCCCACAGCUACCUGCGCUUUGGAUGCUCAGUGCACAUUGCACAGCAGAAGGCACAUAAUGGUAGCAGAGCUUUGACAUAUUGGCACUAAGAAUCAUAGCCCUACAUCAGCAGCAGCACUUUUAUUUUAUUUUAUUUUUCCAAUAAUAUAUAUUUCAUCAUACAGAAAGCAUCACUUAUACUUGCAAAAAAUAAAAAAAAAUUUAAAAUUAUUAUUUAUUUGAUUGCUCUUGGGGGCCCCCCAUUGGCAGCGGGGCCCUAAGCAGGCGCUUGGAUCGCUUAUGCCUUGGGCCGGCUCUGAGCAGUACGGUCUACUAUUUUUAAAUGUGGAACUAUUUUUCAAUUUGGAAACUUUCCAUGGGAAUUAACGGGAAUAAAUCUGAAAUUUACAAAAUUGAAGGUUGGCCCUCAACAGGGAACUUAAAUAAAGUUAGGGAAAAUACACUGUUGCAUAAUCUUGGCUAAAACCACCAGAUUUUAUGCAAGUACACUCCUUAAUCACAUGCACACUGCUGACUGCUGGGCUAUUGAGGCCACACACCCCUACAUGCACUGUGCUUUCCUCCAUCACAUGUACAAAUGAUUUCUUGAACCCUGGAGGCCACACUAUUGAGCCCAAGGACUAUAUAAAGUCAAGUAAUUCUGAUAAUAUUAUGGGGUAAAUAUAUUUGAUCUGUAGUAUUAAUAUUUAACUUUAGCUAAUAAGUGAUAAAUAGAAGCUAUUUUUCAUUUCAUUGACUAUUUAAGGGGCUAGCUUAUUAUGGUGCUGGUAGCUACCUCAAAUACCUCAAAUGAUGCUGUUUCUUCUGACUCCCACAAGUCGGUUUUCUGAAACCAUACAAUAAUUUAUAUGUCAAUUGUCAAAUAUCUGAAGACCAUUCCAGUUGUUUAGCCAACUAUAUUUCUGUUCAUGCCAUCGCAUUAGUAUUUUUACAAGCUUUUUUUGUUAUUUUAUUCUACAGAAAAAUGCCAUGUUCACCAUCUGAUGUGUGGAAGCAUUUCACACAAGCCAGUGUUGAAGGAAAAUAUUUACAUUUAUAUUUGGAUAUGAUACCGUUUGGUUAAAUUACCCCCAAUUACCAGUUUAUUCCCAAUAAUUCCCAAAAAUUCCCAUGGAAAGUUUCCAAUUUGGAAUAUUUUCAAAAUUCCCCAGCUUAACCUCCCAUGGAAAGUUUCUGGAAAUUUACCGAAAGUUUUCUGCCCCUUUGCAACCCUACGUGGAACAUUUAAUAAUAGCAGACAUAUAAAUACCACAGGGUCUGUGUAUGUCUUUUUGGUCUUCCUGUUUUCAGAAAUCAAGCACUCUAGUCACAGAGGAGCCCAACAACUAAUUAAGGAUCACCCCAAUUGAAUAUAUGUAAUUGUGGCCGGCUAACACAAAUUAUAUAUUUUUCUUCAUUGACGUGUGAAAAAAUGUUGAACGUCUCCCCUUGCCAGGUCAGAGAUAAUGUGACAUUAGUUUGCAAACUUCUUGUCUUUUUGCAUGUGGUGAAGUUGCACAUUUCCUCUAUAAUGGAAGUUAAGUGUAUGUUCGUUAUAAAAUGCAUGUCACAGUUACUUCAAUUAAAAAUGUGCGGGCUAUUGCAGGUCAAAGUAGUGAUUCUUGGUCAGGAUCCAUAUCAUGGUCCAAACCAAGCCCAUGGGCUGUGCUUCAGCGUUAGAAGACCAGUGCCACCUCCUCCCAGGUAGAAACUUUGGACUUCGCUGCCUAUGAAACUCAUUUGAAAGGUCAGAUUUCUGAUGUCAAAUCGGAGGGUGACGUAUUUAUCGCUCUGUUUUUUUUUUCCAGUUUAGAGAACAUUUACAAAGAACUGUUGACUGACAUUGAAGGCUUUAAGCACCCCGGACAUGGAGAUCUAACUGGAUGGGCGAGACAGGGUAAAUGAUUUGAAAUCACAGCUACACAACAAGGAAACUGUUGGUCAUUUACAAAUAUAAUGUACCCUUAUUUGCAACCUUGCUCUUUAGGUGUGUUGUUGCUCAAUGCUGUGUUGACUGUUCGAGCCCACCAGGCAAACUCCCACAAAGACAAAGGCUGGGAGAACUUUACAGAUGCUGUGGUGCAGUGGCUCAGCAACAACCUGGACGGCCUUGUCUUCAUGCUGUGGGGAUCGUACGCUCAGAAGAAGGGAGCUACUAUAAACAGAGUGGGUUUACAAUUCGGUUGUUUUACAAGCACUCAAAACCCAAAAAUGUUUUUUUAUGAUUUUGCAUCUAAAGAGAAUAUUUGUUUCUAGAAACGCCACCACAUCCUCAAGGCCGUACAUCCAUCUCCCCUAUCUGCUCAUCGAGGAUUUUUUGGCUGCAGGCAUUUCUCACAAGCCAAUGAGCUGCUGGAGCAAUCAGGAAAGGCUCCUGUAGACUGGACUGCACUUUAAUCUGUCAUUUAUCUGAGCUUAUCUCAAAUGUAUGUCCUUGAACUCUUACUCAUAACCUGCUCAUAAGCUUUAUUUGUUUUCUAUGUUGAGCUAUAGUUGCAAACUAAUUUGAAGUGCACUGUUACAUUUGUGCCAUACACUGAACUGUUCAUGAAAACUGUAUCGCAAGAUGUAUUGAUACUUAAGUUGUACGGACUACGCCUGUUAGUUUCAGCAUUGUAUAUAUUAUGUUUUCUUCCCCUAUGUUUUUAUCAAUGCAUUUGUUUGAUUAAGUAACGUUUAAAUAUGGACACUCCAAAGAAACACCCAAUAAAAGCUGGUGAAAUAAAACACUUACAGGAUAACAUGUAA